UUAUAUUUUACAAUACAUUAUCUGACUAUUACAAACAUGUUGCACAAAAUUGUGAAGUUUUAAGCGAGCUGCAACGGAUGAAUGACAUUUCACUUCACUUAAUCGUGGAACAUCAAUUUUAACAACAAAACAACACGAAUGUUGUUCAUACAAAUACACGUGAAAAUAAAAACACAAAGAAAUGAAUAAAUUGGCUUCAUCUCGGUACGGUAUUUGGUUAGUCGUGCUCAGAGGAACUACUGUAAAUACAUAAUGGGGAAUAAAUUACGUGAAGAAGCCUUUUGUUGAGACGGAAGUGAACUGACAUCAAACAUGUACCAAACCGCUGUGCGCGUGAGUGGAGCGCGCCUCCGUCGAGCGCGCGCGUGCGUCUCAACUGUCACUAAAGAGCCGCCGCGUGCCUAACAGCUGUUGCCUGCCAGCUCGUGGCAUGUGCAGAUGACUUGACUUGAGCAGGGGAGGGGAAUUAAGUCUGACCACAGCUUCGAUUUGGAGACUGCUUUUUUUUUUUUUUUGGGUGGGUAGUAAGCAUACUAACGGUGACAUGAGCGGCUUUAUUGGACGGUGAAGGAGAGAAUGAGAAUAGCGGAUUUUGUUUCCACUCGGAGGUACAGCGCAAAAGAGAACUCACUCCAAAGCCAUGAAGAAGGACAUAGACACGCUGAUAGCAGAGGAACGUGCUGACAUCAUUUCCAAAUAUGACAAGGGCAGGCAAGACGGUGUCAGUAUUGACCCUUGGGAGGAUGCUGACUACAGCAUCUAUAAGGUGAUGGACCGCUUUGGCUUCCUGCAUGAGAAAGAGUUACCGACACCCAGCGUGAUUGAAGAAAAGCAAAAGCUGCAGGAGAUUGAGCGUGUGGAGAAGUGGCUAAAGAUGGUGAAGAACUGGAGCAAGUAUAAGAACAGCGACAAGUUGGUGAAGCGUGUUUAUAAAGGCAUCCCCCUCCAGCUAAGAGGCCAGGCCUGGGCCUUACUUUUGGACAUAGAGAAGGUGAAAAAGGACAACGAGGGAAAAUAUGAGAAAAUGAAGCUGCAGGCUCGCAACUUCUCCACAGAGAUCAAACAGAUUGACUUGGAUGUCAAUAGAACCUUCCGGAACCACAUUAUGUUCAUGGAACGCUUUGGAGUCAUGCAACAGGCGCUCUUUCAUGUACUCGCAGCCUACUCUGUCUACAACACGGAGGUGAGCUACUGUCAGGGGAUGAGUCAGAUCGCUGCUAUCCUGCUCAUGUACCUGAAUGAGGAGGACGCCUUCUGGGCUCUCUCCCAGCUGCUCACCAACAGCCAACAUGCCAUGCAUGGUUUCUUCAUCCCGGGAUUUCCCAAACUGCAGCGUUUCCAGGCCCACCAUGAGCGGAUACUCUCCAAAAUGCUGCCGAAACUGAGGAAGCACCUGGACAAGGAGCAGAUGUCAUGUGGGGUUUACACCACCAAGUGGUUCCUCCAGUGCUUUAUUGACAGAAGCCCCUUCACCCUCACCCUACGCUUAUGGGACAUCUAUAUUCUGGAGGGGGAGAAGAUGCUGACUGCCAUGGCUUACACAACCCUCAAGUUACACAAGAAGCGUUUGCUGAAGUUUCAGUUGGAGGACCUGAGGGAGUUUCUUCAGGAGCAGCUGGCUGCUUCGUUCCUUCUUCCGGACGACAUAGUGGUGGAGCAACUGCAGGCUGCCAUGUCUGAGCUACGCAGUAAAAAAUUGGACCAACCUCCUCCCGCAAAGUCAGACGAGCUACCAAAGAAGCCUCUCGGUCAAGAGAGGCCGAUUCUCCUACUCCCUCUGCAGCCUGGCUCGCCUCUCGAGGUGAAGAGUGAUCAGCAGCCCUUCAGUCAGUCUAAUAAGGAGAGCAUCAGGCCGCAGGACAUUAAGCCUCAGGAUUCAAAAAGCCCCAGCAGAUCGAGCACGCCCUCGUUGCGAUUACCUGACCCAACGGCAUUGCUCGCGAAAGCGACAUUAUCUACCUUGAUGCCUGGUAGACCACCACCAUUACCUCCCAAACCAGCAAAAUCCUAUGCCGUGGUAAAUAAUGUCAGUGUUGUGAAAGAACUUGUGCCUGAAAAAGCACAAGAAGGGAAAAUGUGUGCCGCCCCAGAUGCCCAGGAGGAGCCAAUGAAUUGGCCCCCACCUUAUGAAGCGCCUCCUCUGGAUGAUUUUAGCAUAAAUACAGAGAUAUUGGACCUUCCAGAUCUGCCACCUCCGCCAUUGUUUUACUCUACAGAAGAGGAGCAAAAUGUCAGUCCACUGGCCCAGCACCGCUCCUCUCCCCGAUCUGUGGCAAAUUUAAAGCCAUGUCCAGAUGUGCCCCCCAAGUCGCUGGUGUCCUCGCCCCGCGGCUUCACAACAUCUUCCUCUCUCAAGCUCCCUCCCCCCAAACCCACCAAAUUCCCCGUGUCCCUGUAUGUUCCGGCGUCUUCAGCCAACAGGCGACCUUCCAACACCUCCCAGUAUGAUAACCUGUCCGAAGCAGAUGACGACGAUCGCUGCCCGGAGAGGUUGCUGGGCUCCACCCCCGAGGAGGUUCCUUUGAACAGAGACUACGACCCCGCUCACUAUCCGCUGCCUCCACCUCCCAUUUUCAUCCCUCCAUCAGCUUCUCCUCUGCCACCCUUGCGCUGCGCUCUUCCCAGUUUACCUCAGGAACCAGAAUAUGAAGGAGAGGACCACUGGGUGGAGGAAUCCAUCAUCAUCCCCCCUCCUCCGCCCAACUUUGCCGACAGACUGUCUCCCCAGCGCUGUCACAGAGCCACCUCGCCCACCGCUUACUCCAAGCCUUUCUCUCGAGGCCCCAGGGACCAUUCUGCCUUCCCGGCACCACUCCUGUACACCAGGUCUCCCCCGGGUCACCCCAGUUUCUCGGGACAGUUGGGGAUGCUGGAGGUUCAAUCCAGCCCAGACUUUUGCAGGGUCCCUCCUGCUCGACAGCAGCUUCCAAAGUCGAUCACCUUUUGAAGUGGAAUUCACAUAUUGACUGAUCAUACCAGUUUAAAGCAUUUGACUUAAAAGGCCAGUAGGUAUUCAGUGGGCCUCCAUGACAAGUCGCUUGAGCAUUUAUCACAUAUUGUACGAGUGCACUGAAGUUUCCAUGGACUACUACACCCUCUGUCCUCACUCGUAAGACAAUUCAGUGCAUUAUAGUACAAUGUCUUGCUUGUGAUGUUUUUACACCACUGAAUAAUAUUUCUGUGCACUAGUGAAACAACUGGGAUGCAUCAGUAGAGCAACCAUUUAAUUAGUAACAUUUUUCCCCACUACUGUCUGACAUAUCCGCGCACUUGAAGAACAAAUACAGCACACCAGUAGAAUGACUGUUUUAAUAGGAACACACUUUAAUUCCUGUUUCACAUUAGCGCACACUAGUAGAUCAACUAUGGCACAAAA